AUGGAAAGAGUAUAUACGGCUCUAUCCCUAUCGCUUAUCACAAACAAGAGACUUGCCAUAUGCUGUGAUAAUACAACAGACUCAAUAAAUCACUUUGUUAGAGAUAUUCUACAACCAGGGGGGUUUGAUGACUGGCAAUAUACAGUGAUUGAUUUACUUGAGCACAAGAGUAUCAAAGAUAUCCUACACCAUUCAACAAUUGAACAGAAUGGUGGACUUCAAUUCAAAAGUGUUAUCAUAUGGCAAAACCUACAACAUUUAGACGAAAUACGACAGAAGGAAUUGUACAAACUAAUUUUAGAAAUUGACCACUACAACAAAAACUCAUCCAAAUGUAAUAGACUACCGGCUACUAUCAAAGCAGAAGGGAGCAUGUUCAAUAUAGCUAAACCUCAGUUGUUUACCAUCAUCCUAUUUUUAGAAUAUGGCCGAUUCAACGACAAAAUGUAUCCUUAUUUGAAGGAAAUGUUUUGGUCAAGUGUAACAUCGCCACUUAUCAAUGAAUACAGCGAGCAAGUACAUUUAAUGCCUAACUAUCAAUCAACAAUAGUUAAAUUAAGGUCAAAAAUAGAUACAGUAUACAUGAGUCCUAAUAUCAAAAGUUACAUCUACUCAUUGCUAGUAUUCAUCAGAUGCCACCGGUUGGCAUCUUUGGCACCAAAGCUGGUGCGUGUACCAACUGCAACAGUUAACUACAUACAGGAAUAUUGCAAAUCAUUGGUGCUUUGGAGACGACAGUUGCAACUUAGUCGAACCAGUAUGGCUGAUACAGCAGUAUCCAACGACGAAAACGAAUUAGAGAAAACAGCCACUGCAGCUGUAGACUUGGAGCUAGAAGAGGAGACACACUUGUUUGUGACACCCGAGUAUGUCAAAAUCGCAAUGAGAAAUAUCGGCUACUGGCUAGUCGAUUGGGAGACUAAUCGGAAAUUUGCAAACACCGAGGACUUUAGAUUGGACAAAAGUGCUGCCAACACGGCCGAGAAUGAAAAGGUUUUAGACAAUAAGAAAUUGGAAAUUUCAAUGCUAACGGGUGAUUGGUAUGGAAGUGAGUAUUACUGUGCCAAUGAACUUCUCAAAGGUUACAAGGCUGUGAGGGAUUAUGACAGUCCAACGGGGAUGUCAAACAGAAUAGUAGAUGAUGCUAUGGAGUCAGUGAGACCUCCAUUAUAG